GGAAUCUUACACAUUAUAUAACUCUUCAUUCUUAUAUUUUUUGUCUGAAUAGUUUGAUAAUGGUCAAACUUGAAGAGGUAAUAGAAGGUCAUGAAGACUUCUCUGACGGAGAACCUUCCGAUAACGACUCAAAUUAUUCAACUGAUGAUUCAGAUUCUGAAGAUCUCGAGGAAUCAAUUUUAGAGAGAGUUCUUGCAUUACGUGAUAUUAUACCAGAGGAUACUCGUGAGUCUAUAUCAAACAAAAUAUCAACUAUUAUGAGCCUCGGCGUGAGAAGCGCUCGGCUUAUAGGAAAUGGAGCUUGGAUAUUGACCACUUCAGCUUUACUCAUAUUUAUGCCAUUGGCUUAUGAAAUCGAGAGAGAGCAUGCGUUUGAUCAAGCUUAUAGUCAGAUGGAAAAUGAUCAAUUGAUGGGUCAAGGAGGUAAUCCAUACGGACAACCUGGACAGCCUGGACAACAACCUAUGCCACCAGGACAACAUCAAUCCCGAGGAGCUUUAAUUCCACCAGGAUUUUAAAAAAAUUCAGUUGACAAAAAUUAAUAUAUUAAUGAAGUUUUUAUUGUUUAUGUAAUGUCAUAUUAAAUUCAUUCUCCUCCUCUUACAUGAUUAUACUAUACGAUGUAAAUAUUUUUCUUUUUGCUUUUUUGCUUUUUGCUCAGGUCAUCUGUUUGACAUCACCAGACAUAUAUUUUUCCUAUAUAAAUAAGCUUGUUCAUUAGAUAUUGAAACUAGGAAAGGACAAAUUUCAAAGAAUUAAAACAUUUGACUAUAAAAUACAUGAGACCACUUUUUAAUCGUCGUAGAAAAAUUUUUAGGAUACGUAAUAAUUUGAUUAAGUUUCUUCAAUUAAAUCAUUAUCAGUAUUCUUCUCAUUGACCUU